AUGGAUAGGGCGGACUCGACAGUCACCUCCGUCAUGCCCGGGAGGAGGAAGUUGUAUUGGGAUGAGGUUAUUGGGGAACUGGUAAAGUUGUACAGUCAUGGGAAGUUACGGAGCAUGUGGCUAGGAUUGUACCUCGUCAUCGACACAUCAACUCAUGGAGCCAUAACGAUCCAAGACGAUGAAGGUAACAUCCAUAAGGAAAGAGAACGGGCAGGCAUACCUGUGGGCCGCGGGGCCGGCGGCGGUGGGCGGCGGGGGGCCGCGGGGUUGGCGGUGGGGGCCCGCGGGGCCGCGGCGUGGGACCUCGGGGACGGUGGCGGGGGCUCGCAGGGCCGCGGCGUGGGACCUCGAGGGCAGCGGGGCCGCGGCAGGGACCUCGGGGGUUGCGGCGGGGACCGGCACCGGUGGGCCGCGGGGCGGCGGCAGGGGGGCCGGGGGGCAGCGCCGGUGGCCACUGCUGCGGCGGCGGCGGUGGCAGCGGGGCGCUGGGGCGGGGGCGGCUUGUGUAAGCAGGACAACCAAAUCGUGGGGAGGUAG